CAUCCAGUGGGUCGAGGCAUGUGCAGGCUUGUGGCUGUUAGAGCGGUCCCCUUCCCCCGCCCAGCGACGAUUGAGCUCCCUGUUGCAGCCAUACACGGACACCAAUCAAUGCCCCGCAAACCCAACUUCGCCUGGACCGCCUUUAUAGAAAGCAUUCAUCCUCCUCUGAUAACGUGAGCCUUUCCUCCCCUAUCUAUCUUCGACAAUUGCCAUCCCUCCCAGCAGCACACGUACAAUUACUGUCCACCAUGUCAAUCCAAAUCCCCGACACCCCCAUCCAGGCCGAGGGCUUCUACUCGAUACCCCCCGAGUACGAGGCGGCGCUCAAGGAAGCGCAGACCCUGCUCGCCGCCCAACUCGACCCCGCCGCUGAGGCUGACUGGACCGACGCCGGCGUCAACGCGGAUGUGCAGCUUCACAGGAAAGACAACCCGGACGAUGCACACGACAUCCCCUGGGUCAAAGGCGUCACCACGGUCGAGGGCGCCACGCCUGAAGAGGUGCUGGCAACCAUUCAGCUGCCCAACAUGCGGAAAAAGUGGGACCCGCGCUUCGAGCUUGGCAAACCAAUCCAACGCUACGGCCCGCAGAGCUAUCUGUUCUACUCUGUCAUGAAGUCGCCUUCCUACUUUAUCUGGGCGCGCGACAUUGGUGGCGUGCAGCGCAACGUGUACGGCUCGCCUUCUGCAGGCGACAUUACCAUCUUGCAAAAGUCCGUCGACAAUCAGGAGCUUCUGCCGGACGCCGGCUCAUACGCAAAGAGCCGGACGCGCGCGACGGUUGAGCUGUCCGCGUGGGUGCUGCGCGCCAAGGGCGCCGACACAGAGGUAACGUACAUUGUCAAGAUCCACCUCAACGGCUUGAUCCCCACAAGUGUCGUCUCGCUCAUUUCGACCGAGACGCCGAUGUGCGUCGGCCGCGUGCGCGACACCUUUUACACGACUGGCUUUGCACCCUACGAUGUGCAUAAUACUAUCGGCAGCGAGAGGAAGACUAUAAACGCGACGGCUGAGUUCGAGGACGGCGACGGUUCGGUGGUCACCGGCGGCGAGCGCGUGUGGACUGGCUUCUACUUAAGCAAGGGAGAGGACGCGUUCACGAUCCGAUACGACAAGAAGCGCAUGUACCCUGACGGCGUCCAGGUCGUCGUGCAAGGCGACGCCAAGGCGGACGUUAGCGCGCAGGUCGACGGUGACGAGCUCGUCAAGGUCGACGUCAAGCCCGGCAGCGAGGGCAAGACUUUCCAGGUGGUAAUCACCCCCAAAUAGGAGAGAAGAGGGAUAGCAAAGAAAUCAUGAAAAGUAUAGAACGCCACAUGUGGCGAUACCGGCGGCUUUGGCAGUGUGUGCGCUCUUGUAUCUUGAAUGUUUCCGUAUCUAUGAGAUGUAAUGACACACUUGCAAAUACUUUGUUUCCA